GACCUUUUGGCAAGCCUUGGCAAAGGUCACCGUGCUGUACUAGCUCUGCCAGAUCUGGGUGCUGAGCUAGCUUAUUACCCUGGCACUAUGGUUUACAUUUUAGGAAAGGUGCUGGAGCAUGGGGUGCCACAGUGGGGUGACGGGGAGAGAAUUGUGAUUGCA